CCUGUAGGACUUGCAAUCAUAAGUCAUUAGCCAUGUCUCGUUUAUCUGCUUCCAUGCUAUGUUUCCUCCUUGCUUUGCUAACUCCUGCCAACCUCACUUCAGCCACCCGCAAUAUCGGAUUCAGCCUGCCUCUCGUAUCCAGCCACCACAAGCUCAACCACACAACCGGUGAAAUCGGGGAGCUCUUGCUGCCUGAGGGUGAUGUGAACCCCAUGAACAUACGACCGAGGGUAGCCCCUGCCGGUUGGCCGAUGUUCAGUGUCGUCGUCGGAGUCGGCAGCGGCAGAGGCCAGCACUUCUAUAAGCUCGCGCUGGACUUCGUGGGCAACCUCACAUGGAUCAGGUGUAAGCCUUGCACCCCAGAGGAGCAGCAGGAGGGCCCAAUCUUUGACGCCGCCCUCUCCCCAAAGUAUGCGCUUGUCAAGCCAACGAGCAUCCACUGCAAGCCCCCCUUCGUCGGCCACGGUCAUGACAAGUGCAGCUUCUCCGGCACCACUUCGCUCGCUGUCGUGCAAGGGUACCUGGCCAGUGACGUGUUCACCUUUGGCGACACCGGCACCGGUCAUAGAAGCUUGGGCGGACUCAUAUUCGGGUGCGCACACAGAGCAGAUGAGUUCUGGAACCACGGCAUUGUCGCUGGUGCCAUGAGCUUGAACAAAAGGUCGACGUCGUUCAAGUACCAGCUUGCCGGGCACGGGUUCGACACUUCAAAGUUUUCUUACUGCCUCUUCUACCACGGCCAACACACCGCCAAGCAUGGCUUCCUCGGGUUCGGCAGUGACGUCCCCAACCACGACCACGCCCACAGCACGGCGUUGAUGUACCACGACACAACAAUGUUGUACUUCAUCGGCUUGGAGGGUGUUAGCCUGAACGGUCAGAGGCUCACGAGAAUCAACCGAGGUAUGUUCUCUCGCGACCAGGCAAGGAAACACGGCGGCACCAUCAUCGAUGUCGGAACACCCGAGACCAGGAUGAUCCGUGCGGCGUACGACAUCCUCGAGGCCGCGGUCGUCGCGGAUCUACAGCAUCGCCUCGGGGUGCGCCGUGCCGGAUACCGAGUGCCGGGCUCCCACCUCUGCUUCGUCGUGUCGAUACAUGGGAUCUACCAGAAGCUCCCAAGCAUCACGCUCCACCUGGCCGGUGGCGCCCAGCUUACGAUCAAGUGGGAUCUACUGUUUGUGACAAAAAUGCACCACGGAGCCCAGCACGCCUGCUUCCUCAUCUUUCCGGACGAGAAGAUGACGGUUCUUGGCGCCGCGCAACAGGUGGACACGCGCUUCACCAUUGAUGUCGACCAUAGGCUACUCUACUUUGCUCCGGAGAAUUGCGGGAACGACAGUAGCUAGAUCAAUAUGCCUUUCUUUCUUAUGCACUAGAUGCCGCUGGUGCAAGAACUGUAUGCAUGGGCACAAAUAAAUAAAUAAAUAAUUGAUCAGAACUUUUGGGGUGA